AUGUACACAAAAUUUACAUUUUUCCCCUCUCUUAGGACAAAGUUAAACUAUAACCCUCCGAAAGAUGAUGGAUCAACUUAUAAGAUUGAACUGGAAGGGAUAUCGGUAAUGGUUAUGAGAGAGAUCCUGGAUUACAUCUUCAGUGGGCAGAUCCGGCUCAACGAAGACACCAUCCAAGACGUUGUGCAGGCGGCCGACCUGCUGCUGCUGACGGACCUGAAGACCCUGUGCUGCGAGUUUCUGGAAGGCUGUAUCGCUGCUGAGAACUGCAUCGGGAUCCGGGACUUUGCCCUGCACUACUGCCUGCACCACGUCCACUACCUGGCCACCGAGUACCUGGAAACGCACUUCCGGGAUGUCAGCAGCACCGAAGAAUUCCUGGAACUGAGUCCUCAGAAGCUGAAAGAGGUGGUGUCCCUGGAGAAGUUAAACGUCGGCAACGAAAGAUAUGUGUUUGAAGCAGUAAUUCGUUGGAUAGCGCAUGACCCAGAACUCAGAAAGGUCCACAUGAGGGACGUCAUGUCCGCCCUCUGGGUCUCAGGGUUGGAUUCCAGUUACCUGCGGGAGCAGAUGCUGAACGAGCCCCUGGUGCGGGAGAUCGUCAAGGAGUGCAGCAACAUUCCUCUGAGCCAGCCGCAGCAGGGCGAGGCCAUGCUUGCCAACUUCAAGCCGCGGGGCUACUCUGAGUGCAUCGUGACCGUCGGUGGAGAAGAACGAGUGUCACGGAAGCCCACGGCCGCCAUGCGGUGCAUGUGCCCCCUCUAUGACCCCAACAGGCAGCUGUGGAUCGAGCUGGCGCCGCUCAGUAUGCCAAGAAUCAACCACGGCGUCCUCUCGGCAGAAGGAUUUCUGUUUGUGUUCGGCGGUCAAGAUGAGAACAAGCAGACGCUGAACUCGGGAGAAAAGUACGAUCCGGAUUUAAACACGUGGUCUGCGCUGCCACCCAUGAAUGAGGCCCGACAUAACUUUGGCAUCGUGGAGAUAGACGGGAUGCUGUACAUUCUGGGCGGUGAGGACGGCGAGAGGGAGCUCAUCUCCAUGGAGUGCUACGAUAUUUACUCGAAGACCUGGACCAAGCAACCUGAUCUGACCAUGGUUCGAAAGAUAGGCUGCUAUGCAGCUAUGAAAAAGAAAAUCUACGCCAUGGGUGGAGGCUCAUACGGAAAGCUGUUUGAGUCUGUGGAGUGCUAUGACCCAAGGACCCAGCAGUGGACGGCCAUCUGCCCACUGAAGGAGAGGAGGUUUGGAGCUGUCGCCUGCGGCGUGGCCAUGGAGCUCUACGUAUUUGGGGGUGUGCGAAGUCGUGAGGACAUCCAGGGGAGCGAGAUGGUGACCUGCAAGUCUGAGUUCUACCACGAUGAGUUUAAAAGGUGGAUCUAUCUGAACGACCAGAACUUGUGCAUCCCAGCCAGCUCCUCCUUCGUGUACGGGGCCGUGCCCAUCGGGGCCAGCAUCUACGUCAUUGGAGAUCUCGACACAGGCACCAAUUACGACUACGUGCGAGAGUUUAAGAGAAGCACGGGCACCUGGCACCACACGAAGCCGCUGCUGCCCUCCGACCUGCGCCGCACAGGCUGCGCAGCCCUCCGCAUCGCCAACUGCAAGCUUUUCCGCCUGCAGCUCCAGCAAGGCCUGUUCCGCAUCCGCGUGCCUUCACCCUGAGGGGAGAGCCUGGCCCACGGGCACCG